AUGUUAUCGAUGGGAUUAUUGGCUGUAUGGUAUGCAGCAUGGAGUUGGAUGUACUUGGGUGUCAGCGCUGCUUCGCUGACGAGCCGCGUCGCGGAAGCACCCCAGGAGUGCGAGUGGCAGCGAGUGUCGGGUGAUGCCAGUGAAUCUACCCGCGUCCAGUUGUCUUGUUCGCUGCGGACCGCUGCCGGCGCUACAGACCUAUUGGCAGGUCUAAGUUCUUCUCAAGCUCAGCGCAUCACUGUCCUUGAUCUACAUUGUACAGAUGUUCUCUUCUUUGAGAGUUCUCUGGAUUUUGGAAGACGAAAAGAAGAAGGAACACAGCUCUUAUCUCGGUUCCACAACCUUAGAGAACUGAGGAUAGAGUCUUGUAAAAUUCGAUAUGUUCCAUCAGCUGUUUUAUCACCGCUAAGUGGAUUGAGGAGUUUAACAAUAAGGACACACAAUACGGAUUGGUCAGCGAUGUCCAUGGAAUUCCAUAGGGACACAUUCCGUGGACUUACUGAUCUGCGAUCUUUGGAUUUGGGUGACAAUAAUAUUUGGAACCUGCCUCCUGAAAUAUUUUGCCUCUUGUACAAUUUAAAAGAGCUAAAUAUAACACAAAACCGAUUACAAGACAUAUCAAAUCUUGGAUUCUCUGACUGGGGCAAUGGGCCAACUGCCCCCGGUAAAUCGUGCAACACCGUGUUAGAAACUUUAGACAUGUCAUACAAUGAAAUAAGAACUUUACCUGAUAAUGGACUAUCAAGUUUACGUGCACUUCAAAAGUUAUUCUUGCAAAACAACAGAAUAUCUGCUGUAGCCGAUAGAGCUUUUGUCGGCUUGAGUGAUUUGCAAAUUCUAAAUCUGUCAACAAAUGCUUUGACUGCCUUACCACCUGAAAUGUUCCAGUCGUCGAGAGAUAUCAAACAAAUAUAUUUGAACAACAACUCUCUAAGCGUUCUCGCUCCGGGACUAUUGGAAGGAUUGGAUCAAUUGCAAAUAUUGGAUUUAUCGGUGAAUGAGUUGACAAGUGAAUGGGUAAAUAGAGACACAUUUUCAGGGCUUGUUCGUUUAAUUGUUCUGAAUUUAUCACACAACCGAAUCACAAAAAUAGAUGCACUGCUAUUUCAAGAUUUGAAUAAUCUACAGUUUUUGAGUUUGGAACACAACAACAUAGCACGUGUAGCGGACGGUGCAUUUUCUAAUUUGAAAAACCUUCACUCGCUUUCUCUGGCACAUAAUAACAUAUUAGAAGUUGACAGCGGACAUUUUUCAAAUCUUUAUGUUCUGAAUCAGUUGUUCCUCGACGGCAAUAGAAUAACGAAAGUCGAUUUACGAUCUUUUGAGAACAUAACGAAGCUUCACGACUUGGGUCUUAGUGGAAACCAGUUAUCGGAGGUACCGGAAGCAAUCAAAACAUUAAGAUUUUUGACAUCUCUAGACCUAGGUAUGAACAGAAUCACUAAAGUCUCAACAUCACAGUUUGAAGGAUUAGAUGAUUUGUAUGGCUUACGUCUUGUCGGAAAUAAAAUAGAAAAGAUAUCAAAGGAUACAUUUGCUGCCUUACCCUCGAUGCAAAUAUUGAACUUGGCUUCAAACAACAUAGAUCAAAUAGACGAUGGAGCUUUUGCUUCAAACCAACAGUUAAAAGCAAUCGGACUGGACGGUAACAAACUGGUGGACUUGAAAGGCAUAUUUACUAACACCCAACCGCUUGUUUGGUUAAACGUGUCUAACAACGAGUUGCUUUGGUUUGAUUAUAGCCAUAUUCCUACUAAUUUGGAAUGGCUGGACAUGCACGAGAACAAAAUUGAAAAGCUUGAAGAUACAUACGGAUUGAAGGAGUCGUGUUCAGUUAAAAUGCUCGAUAUUAGUUAUAAUAAAUUACGGAGCAUUGAUGAGUUCUCUUUCCCAAGCAGUAUAGAGACUGUUGUUUUAAACAAUAAUAACAUUGAUAAAAUAAGUCCGGGGACAUUUCUACAAAAGUACAAUCUGAACAAAGUAAUGUUGUACGCAAAUAAAAUACGCACAUUGGAGCUUGGCGCUUUUGCGAUAUCAUCUGUUCCCGAGGACAAAGAUUUACCCGAGUUUUAUAUUAGCGAAAAUCCAUUUGAGUGUGACUGUACAAUGGAAUGGCUGCAGACAAUUAACCAAUUAAGUGACCUCAGGCAGCGCCCGAGAGUAAUGGAUUUAGAAAGUGUAAGGUGCUCUUUAACCCAUUCACGAACCAGAUCGGAUAUGCUUUUGCUGGAAGUAAAAUCUUCAGAAUUUCUGUGUGAGUACGAGUCACAUUGUUUCGCGGUCUGCCAUUGUUGUGACUUUGACGCCUGCGAUUGUAAGAUGACUUGCCCAGAUAAAUGCUCGUGUUAUCAUGAUCAAACCUGGACCACCACUAACGUCGUCGAUUGUUCAAACGCUGGCUACGAUCACGUGCCGGACAGAAUACCGAUGGAUGCGACCGAAAUAUACUUAGAUGGAAAUGACUUGAAAGAGUUAGGAAAUCACGUUUUUAUUGGCAAAAAAAAGUUACAAGUCUUGUAUCUAAAUAAUAGCAAUAUCAACACAAUACAAAAUAGAACAUUUAACGGUAUCGAGUCAUUGAGAAUUCUUCAUUUGGAAAACAAUAAAUUGGAGGUGCUAAGAAAUACGCAAUUCACUAGAUUACCCAAUUUGAACGAACUGCAUCUUAGUGACAACAAGAUCAAGGUCAUAGAAAAUGAUACGUUUAAUUACCUGCCCUCACUGGAAUACUUGAACCUCGACAAUAACGGGUACGUUGAUUACAUGCCAUGGAGAGUCAUUACAGACAACGAUCCCCGCACUCGUGUCUCGGUAGAUGGGAAUAACUGGAUUUGCGAUUGUAAAGACGUCAACCAGCUGAACCAAUGGCUUCUAAAAAAAUCAAAAGACACAGAAAGUAUGAUGUGCUACUUUGCUCAUGGGCAAGCUAUGAAUAAAACCAUCGCAACCGUAGCAAAGGAAUGUAAAACGGAGACCACUACUGAAGAAACCGGCACUGAGACACUAAAGCGAUUAUUCAUUGAAUCGCAUGACGGUGUCGAAAAUUACAUUCCAUAUAUCGCUGCGGUACUGAUAAUAGCAAUUAUUCUCUUACUAAUGUGUGCUUUGCUCUUCAUGUUCCGAGAAGAUUUUAAAUUAUGGAUGCAUUCGAGGUACGGUGUAAGAAUAUUCACUUCGACUCCGAAAGAUAUGAACGACAACAAAAACAAACGGUUCGAUGCUUUUUUUGUUUACAAUCCACGAGAUGAAGAUUUCGUUACUCGCGCCGUGAGUUCUGAACUAGAAAAUAUGGGACACACGUUAUGUCUGCAACAUCGAGACUUGCCUUUGGUUGAAAGGCGUUCAGGUGAUAGUUUAGUGAGUGCUUCCGAAAGUUCUAAAAGACUCGUUAUAGUGUUAUCAAUAACAUUUUUACAACAAGAGUGGUACGCGGCAGAAACAAACGCCGCUAUACAAAGUGCAAUCAAUUCAGUGAACGUUAGGCAUAGACGUCAAAAGAUAAUAUUCCUUGUGACGACAGACUUAAGUGCCAUAAACAUUGACCCGGACCUAAAAGUGCUACUUAAAACGUGUACAGUGAUCGUGUGGGGUGAAAGAAACUGUUGGGAAAAGCUAAAUUUUCGGUUACCGGAUGUGGACGUGACACUUCCAAAUCGGACGCUUCAUAAUGCGAAUAAUAUGAAAAGUAGUAGUAAUAGGGAGGCGUUUGGUCGACAUGGGAAUUUGAGGUAUACAGCACCGCCAACAUCUCAUGAUCCUUGGUAUAAGUAUGGUAUGAAUCCGCCUGGUUUGAUGAUGUCGAGCCCGAUGCAUUCGACAAGCGCAAGCGCAGAAGUGUCAGCGCGCAGCACGGAGGACGAAACAUGUUCGGUGGCAAGUAGCGAAGGUCGGCCUGACGAUCGCCUACCCCAUCAUCAUAGUUAUGUUUCUAUAGAUAAUCACCAGUGCGAGGAACGUCCUCUAAGGCCCGCGCAACAAAUUCCCAUGUCGAGCACGACGCAUCCUAGAAAGACUUACUUUGUAUAA